UUUGACUCGUUGGAUUCGUCGGAAAUUGUCUUCCAGCCAAUCCAACGCGAUCCGACCAUCGAAACAAAUCAUGGCAGCUUCUACGUGCCCGACGGGAUGAUGAUUUACGUUUUCUUAAUGAGAUAAGCAGAAUUCAACUGUUUACCGGGUACUUCGCUGUAAAGAAAAUCUGAGACAACACGACGGCGAGAUGGCGAGCUGUGUCAACUCCACGUUAAACAAUCUACUCAAGUCCUACAAGAGCUGGAUCGUGGCGAAUCCGCAGCUACUGACAGACAUCGAGGCCACCGUCAGAUGUCUGUCUUAUUUCAGCUUUGGACAAUUCCGCGACUCGACCUUGGCCGUGGAGCUCAUUUAUUCCAUGCCAAAUCUAAUUGUCCUCUGCAACGACCUGCUCAUGUACAGUAGCAGACGCCAGCACUUGAGGAUACCCCAGUUCGAUUCGAAGAUCAAGAUCUGGCUGACCGUGGUGGAGUACACCGAGACGCUGCUCGAGGUGUCUGCCAAGAAGUUGUGGGGGCCAAAGGGGAGGUGGUUAAUAAUUGUAAUUGUACAAUUGUUCAAGUCCAUAUUGCGACUGUUGUUAAUUCAUGUGUACAAGGAACGCGUGACGAAGAGCCCGGCGACGCCGCCGCUCAACAGAGACAAGUUCAAUAAAACUAUCGACAGUGCGCAAGUGAAGGAGGGCUUUACGCUGAAGAGGUCGGGCACCGUUGUUCGAAGCGUAAAAUACUCGGCUCCUAUAGAGAUACGAACGUGGAAGGCUCUGCCUCCUGUCACAGACGAGAAUGAGAAUUUGACCAAAAACCAGGAAUCCGAGAGGAAUCUAAAACUAGCUGAGAGUCUUUACGUGACAAAGCCACUGCUUCAUCUCGGAUGUAUGUACAUUACCAGCCAGAAACGUUGGCCGCCAUGGAUACUGUCGCUUAUUAUCGAUUUAGCCAGCUUAAAUGUCUUCGCGCGUUGCGCCAAGAAAGCAUUGUUCAGCAAAGAGGAGGAAGAAGAGCUCGUGCGUCGAAGAUUGAGCUUGCUGUUGUACAUCUUGAGAUCGCCGUUCUACGACAAGUAUAGCCGCGAUAAGAUAAACGCGCUGUUUGACACGAUAUCUACCUCGGUGCCUCUCGCCAAGUACUUGGCGAGUGCCGUUAAAAAGAACUUACCGUAUAUGCAGAGUACGUACUUUUACAUGUGGUCGCGCUAACUCGCCGACGUGGGUACACGAGACGUAUAGGCUGGACUCUGCGCAAAUGCGAAUAAUCUAAGCGGGGUUGGGUAGUGUCUAGUUAAAAAGUUAAAAGUUAAGUUAAAAAGUUAAAUAAUUUUAACUUAACACUUAGUUACAUUAUA